CAAAGUUGUAUUGUAUUGUUCUUUAAAUAAACCACACUUUAAGAAGUUUCAAGUGUAUACACAAAAGGAGAGUGUAUACGAUAAACAUAUAUUAGACGAGAACUUGGGGGAAAUAUUAUAGACGAAACAGGGUGAUUUAUAUUUUUACCGAAUUUAAAGAAAAAGGACACACCAAUUCUAAAGAAGGAAAUUUGUCACAAGUUAAAAUUUUGUUCCUUUCUAUAGUUAAAUUCAAAAUCUACUUUUAUAUUGAAAAUAUAGUGGGGUAGCUGAACAUGGGACCCAACGAUAAUUCAAAAUACCAAGGGGGUAAUAUACACGAGGGGGAAUAUGUUCCUCUUCCUUCAAGACCUUUCCCCAUAAGUAGAAGUACAGGCACACCAACCCCAGAAUUACCACAGCUGCAACUAGGAGAAUUGAGUCUCAAUCAGGGGAAUGAUUCUUCUGCUGCGUUUGAAGAGUCAUUGAUCGCUGAAGGGAAAGAGGAAGAGACAAGAGAAGAAACAGCUGCAGCAUCGUGGGCUGUGGCAGUUCCAGCCGGGAGUUCAAAAGUUGGAGCUCCAGAAUUUGUACAUAAAUGGACUCAUGCAUACUCUAUCCUUUGUGUGAUUGCUGCGCCCUCCAAAAACUUGUUGGCAUGUGGGACACAAGAUUCCAAGAUUUUGUUGUUUGAUAUGGACGAUUACAGUUUGAAGCAGGAGAUUGCCUGCGGUAGUCAAAAUCAUCUGCUGGCAAUUCUUUGUUUAGCAUUGAGUGGAGAUGAGAACUUUUUAUUCAGUGGUGGAAGUGACCUGUUAGUUAAAGUAUGGGAUUUGAGUGGAUACAGUCAAAGUGAAGAUGAUGGUAUAAGUGAAAGAUCAUCAGAGAGGGGAAACAAAGAAUCUGAAAUUGAAGAAUCUCAGAUUCCUUCCACAAGUGUUGUAGAAAUUCAUUGUACCCAUAUUGUAUAUUCAUUGGUUGAUAUUGGAGAUAUCUUUUCCAUCGCUUGGUCAGAUGAAUUAUCAACUCUUUUCAUUGGAGCACAAUGCGCUGCUAUACUUUGGACUACGAUCUCACUUCUGCCAGAAAGAGCUGGAAGUGGAACGACUAAUAGUGGAGCUAACACUUCCAAAAUAGAACGUUUACCGCAUUAUAGAUAUGAUAAGUUUUUCGAUUCAAAGGGACCAGGUGGUUCAGUUAAUCUUCUUCAAACUAAACAACAACGUCUCAAGGAUACCGAAGUUUCAGCAGUCCCUCCUCGCAAGAGGACAAAGUUAGUUGAGAUUGCUAAUGAUGAUAUAAUCAGAUUUUCUCACAAUGGGUAUGUCUAUUGUAUGGAGUUAUUUAAUUGUGCAACUCAAGUUCAGACGAAUGAUUUCCUUCACAAAUAUCGUGAGGAUUAUGAUAAUGUUCUUAUCACCUGUGGGGGUGAUGGAAUGGUUAAAUUCUGGGGGACUACCACUGAUGCUGAAAGCAAUAAAUUGGUUCUUAAAUCAAUUGAAUCAUUAGAUAGUCAAGAUCUGAUCCUUUCCAUGGCAAUUCUGGACUCCUACAUCUAUGCCGGACUCUCUAACUCUACAGUGAAUGUAUGGGAUUUAACUACUCUUCAACUUAUUAGGUCAUUUUGUUAUGAUAAUGAGACCUCAGGGACAGGCGCAGAUAAACACGACGAGGUGCUUCUGAUUGGUAUUCAUAAUAAUUGCAUUUUUAAAGCUUCAAACAGAGGUGGAUUAUCAAAACUUAGGUUAAAGAACCACCUUGCCAAAUCCGCUAUUUACGAGGAAGUGCGUAUCGAUGAAAGAACCGCUUCUUCUGGAGAUUUCAAUAAAUGUGAACCAGUUUUAGCAGUGAAAAUUUUUACUAGUAAAACUGGGGCAACUUACCUUUUGCUGGGUGGUGAUAAAUCCUUAUGUCUUUGGGAUAUUUCUACGGUAGACGUAGUGUUGGAAGACUUAUAUUUACAAGAGGGACUGACUGCAAGUCUGAAUAGCCUGUUAUUUGGAGAGAAUACUCCACUGCUUCAGAGGUCAAUACCCGACUCUCACUUUGAUAAUGAACAUUUACUUAAGGUCCUUCAACGGUUUAUCUCAUACAAGACAAUUUCAAGAUAUCCUGCUCAUUAUAUUGAAGAUCUGCGCCAUUGUGCUCAAUUUUUAACAAAAUUAUUAAUUGGAUUCGGUGCAUCCCAUACAAAAUUACUCGCAGUGGAAAAUGGAAAUCCUAUUGUAUAUUCAACCUUUAGUAGAAAUACUGAAGUUGAUGAAAAUCUGGAAAAAGCAAAAAGAAUUUUAUGGUAUGCUCAUUAUGAUGUGGUUGACGCCACUAGACGUGACGCUUGGGCCACUGAUCCAUUUUCAUUGACUGCUAAGGAUGGAAAUCUAUAUGGUAGAGGGGUUUCCGAUAAUAAGGGACCAACUCUUGCAGCCAUUUUCGCUGUAGCAGAAUUAUUCCACCGCAAAGAACUUUCUGUGGAUGUAGUCUUCAUCAUUGAAGGGGAAGAAGAAUGUGGAUCUAUUGGAUUUCAAGAUGUGAUUAAUACCCAUAAACCUUUAAUUGGUGACAUAGAUUGGGUGAUGCUUUCUAAUUCUUAUUGGCUUGAUGAUGAGAUCCCAUGUCUUAACUAUGGUCUCAGAGGGGUUAUCAAUGCAUCCAUUACCAUUAAAUCAGAGAAGCCUGAUCGUCAUUCUGGAGUUGAUGGUGGAGUUCUGAAGGAACCAACAAUGGACUUGAUUCAAAUUAUCAGCAAACUCAUAAACCCAAAGGAUGGUAAAGUUUCAAUUCCUGGAUUCUAUGAUGACGUAUUGCCUAUUACCAAACAAGAAAUUGAAAUCUACGAGAAGAUUGAAAAAGCGGUUCUUAAAAAGGGAAUGAACAAUCAAGAUUUGAAAUCACUUCUUGCCAAAUGGAGAAACCCUUCUUUAACAGUGCAUAAGAUUGAGGUAUCUGGCCCAAAUAACAAUACUGUUAUCCCACAGACUGCACUGGCAUCCAUUUCCAUCCGAGUAGUACCCAAUCAAGAGUUGGUGAAAAUCAAGUCCCUGUUGAUUGAGUUUUUGGAAGAUCACUUCGCCGAAUUAGAUUCCGAAAAUGAACUUUCUGUGAAUAUCUUCCACGAAGCUGAACCAUGGUUGGGUGACCCAAGUAAUUUGGUAUACCAAAUCUUAUUCGAUAAGAUCCGCAAGAACUGGGGACCACAAGUUCCAGAACCAUUAUUUAUUCGUGAAGGUGGAUCUAUCCCAUCUAUCCGAUUCUUAGAGAAAUGUUUCAACGCUCCUGCGGCUCAAAUCCCUUGUGGUCAAGCAAGUGAUAAUGCCCAUCUUAAAGAUGAGAAGUUACGGGUUCUUAACUUGUACAAGUUACGUAACGUAUUAACCGAUUCUUUGAGAGAAUUGGGCAGUAAGUAGAAAAUGGAGUUUAGUGGGUCGAGACGUCUCUAAAAAAAAUCUACAUUUCAUAUAAAUACAUAUAAAUACAUACUUCAUAUCACAUAAUUAAUUAAUAGUACAGUAGUAUACAAUUCAUGCCAGCAUGGUGAUUCUUACC